AUGUCUAAACAAACAGUUCUGGAUCGCGAACUGCACAGGCUACUCAAAUCACACACCCAAACAACUCUUUCAGAAACUCAAGAGCAGAUUGAGGCCAACCACGCUUAUAUUACUUCAAAGCAACUAAAGAAACUCAUAGACUUACACGACUUGACGUUCCAAGAAAGAUGCGUUAUCCCACUUCAAAAGCUGUAUGACAAGCACAUGGCCUUGAGAUUAAUGGAUGGAGACUUGCAGAAUUGGGCUGAGGUAGUAGACCGGGAUAUACGAGUUUUAGAAACUACAUUACAACUUGUAAAGGAAGGCAGGCAGGAAACUUAA